CAAAUAAAGGAAAAACAGUAGCGUAAUUAAACAAAUGUUUUUUUUUUACAAAAAAUUUGCUAUAAUUAAAUGAAUUGUUAAACAAAAAAAAAACAAGUAGGCUAAUUAAAAUACAAAAACAUUGCUACACGCAACAAAAGCCAGAUCAAUACACAUAAAAUAAAUGCAAUAUUAAGUUUGUGCAUAAUAAUUUGAUGAAAGAAAAAUAAAAAACUACGUCACUUUUAGAAAACAGACAAGAAAGAAAAGUAGUGCACCAUCACAAAAGGGUCGCAGUGAAAAGAUUGUACAUUUCGAAAGAACCCACAUAUUGAACCAACAAAAUACGUGUUAAACUUGAAAAUUAUAAAUUUAAACAAAUUGUUAAACAAUACUUAAGAGUGUGUGUUAAUUAGUCUACCAAAAAAUAUCACCAAAGAGUUUUAUGGGUUUAUAAAUAGAUCUAAACGAAAAAAGUGAAGCGUAGUCAGCCAGAAAAAAAGAGUACAUAAUCGUAUUACAAGGUCUUGGUUUAGUGUUUAAUUUUAUUUCCUUUUACGGUUCAUGAGCCGCCCUCAAAUUUAUUAAAGCCACAAUAUAAGAUUAAUAAUAUAGCUUUAAUUGGUGAAAAAAAUUCUAUCAAACUGAACGCAUACGAAAGCAUGGAUUUGCAGCAUUUGGAAAAUGGCAUAGGAGGUGGUGGUGGAGGAGGAGGUGGUGGCGUUGGCAUUAAUGGAAGUGCCAACACACAAGCCUUGAGUGAAAUUGAUUUUCAAAGAUUGGCUCAAACUAUAGCCACUAGUAUACAAAAAAUCUUACAAAAUGUAUCCACUAUGCAACGUAUGGUUAAUCAGUGCAACACACCUCAGGAUUCACCCGAUCUGAAAAAACAACUCCAUCAAAUUAUGACCUAUACCCAUCAGUUAGUUUCCGAUACCAAUAACCAAUUGAAAGAAGUGGACAAAUGUAAAGAACGUCAUUUAAAAAUACAAAGAGAUCGUUUGGUCGAUGAAUUUACUGCUGCUUUAACAUCAUUUCAGGCCGUUCAACGUAAAACUGUCGAUAUCGAAAAGAACCAAGUACGCCAGGCUCGAGCAAAUCAAUACAAUAUUGCAAAACCGCCAGGUAACUCAACAAAUUCUUCAAAUGGCAGCAACAAUUCCUUUUUCGAAGACAAUCUUUUUGGACGUAAAUCACAACAGCAACAACAAACACAAAUGCAAGAAGAUAUUGAUAUACAAGCUUUGGAAGAACAAGAAAGAGCCAUCAGAGAAUUGGAGGAAAAUAUCGUGGGUGUUAAUGAGAUCUAUAAAAAACUGGGAGCCAUGGUUUACGAACAAGGUCUUACUGUCGAUUCCAUAGAAUCAUCUGUUGAACAAACUAGCGUUUAUGUAUCUCAGGGCACAGAAAAUCUACGUUUAGCUGGUUCUUACAAGAAUAAAUUACGCAAAAAGAAAUUAAUAAUGUUGGGUAUUUUGGCCGCAGUUUUAGCAGUUAUUAUCAUAAUAAUUGUCAUGCAAUUUAAAAAUUAAAGCUGGUGUUAGUUAUAUACAAACAUAUUUUUAUAUUUUCCGUUAAGAGUUGGUGCAAAGCAACAAAAAAUUUAAAGAAAAUAUGAGUGUUUAUCUAUAAAAGUAACAAGAAACAAGAUUUGGGCCUUUUUUAUGAACAAUUUCGAAAAAAAACCAAAACAAAAUAAACAUUUAUUUGUAUUUACUAAAUGUUAAAGAAUUGAAAGGAAGGUUUUAAAUCAGAAUUAAAGAAAAAUCCAAAACAAUAAAUAUAAAAAUAUAAAACGUCCUUAAUUCAAAAAAUUUAAACAUAAAAAAGAUCAAAUUCUUAUAUUUAUAUAUAUAUUAUUUUCAUAUUAAAUUAAUUUACUAACCUGUAUGUUUUUUGUUAUAUAAUUUAAUGAAUUUAAAUUGCACUUAUAAAUUCCAAUUCCAAACUGUAUUACUACAAUUUCAGUAAUUUUUUAUUUUUAUUAAAAUUUUUGUAAAUUUUUUUCUUAAAAUUUUUCCUUAGAAUCUUAUAUUGGCUUAAUAUUUAUAUUAUAUUUGUUUUUUUAUUUAUUAUUAUAGUGCGAGUGUAUGUAAUUAUCCCUAUAAAUAUAUUUAAGUUUAACAAUAAUCUUCUUAUAUAAAAUGUAUAAAAAAAAAUUAAAAUUAUUCGUAUGCUUAAUCCAAAUGAAGAUGAUCAGAAGACAACAAUAAUAACAAAACUAAGAAAAUAAAAUAUGUGAACUGUAGCAAUGUAUGAUAGAAUCAUAAACAUUUUGUUUUAUCAUCACAAAAUUUUAUUAAAUAAAAAAAGAUAAUAUUUGAAAUUAAUUGUAA